CUUCCCCUCGCCCUUUGGUUACGUCAGGCGGACACUCCGAUGAGCCAAUCACGGCGCUGUGUUUAGAGGCCGGCAAGCGGAACCGGUCGGAUUGGACCAAUAGGAGCCCUCGGAUCCGGUGCGCCCCAACCGGGCAGGGGAGCCGGGGCCGAGUAGGCGGUGCUUCCUCGUCAGCAUGUGGGCGGGGACCAGCAACCGCAGAGGCGUCGACGACGGCGGCAGCGACGACGACGUUCCUCAGUUUUCGGGGACGCGGCCGCGGCGGCUGCGAGGCCGCGGGAGGCCGCGGAGGAUGGAGGAGCGGAAGGAGGAGGGCGAGGCCGAGAUCCAGGAGCACGGGCCCGAGCACUGGUUCUCCAAGUGGGAGCGGCAGUGCCUGGCCGAGGCCGAGCAGGACGAGCAGUUGCCCCCUGAGCUGCAGGAGGAGGCGGCGGCCGCCGCGCAGCCCGAGCACAAGCAGCAGAAGCUGUGGCACCUCUUCCAGAACUCGGCCACCGCCGUGGCCCAGCUCUACAAAGACCGAGUGUGUCAGCAGCCAGGACUUUCUCUCUGGGUUCCCUUCCAGAACGCAGCCACUGCCGUCACCAACCUUUACAAAGAAAGUGUGGAUACCCAUCAGCGAAGUUUUGAUAUUGGAAUUCAGAUUGGCUAUCAGCGACGCAAUAAGGAUGUGUUGGCUUGGGUUAAAAAGCGCAGAAGAACUAUUCGUAGAGAAGAUUUGAUCAGCUUCCUGUGUGGAAAAGUUCCUCCACCGCGAAACUCUAGAGCUCCCCCAAGACUGACUGUAGUGUCCCCUAACCGAGCUACUUCAACGGAAACUAGCUCAUCUGUAGAGACUGAUUUGCAACCCUUCCGGGAAGCCAUAGCUCUGCAUGGUCUUAGUGGUGCAAUGGCUAGUAUAAGCGUGCGUUCGAGUACCCCAGGCUCUCCUACACAUGUAAGCAGUGGAUCGAAUGCUAGUCGAAGGAGAAAUGGACUCCAUGAUGUCGAUUUGAACACUUUCAUAUCAGAAGAAAUGGCACUCCACUUGGACAAUGGUGGAACUAGAAAGCGUACCUCAGCCCAGUGUGGCGAUGUCAUUACAGACUCACCAACCCAUAAACGCAACAGAAUGAUCUAAACUGCAAACAUUUUCACACCCACCAUGCUGCUUGAAAGCCACUUGAUCCUCAACAUAUACUAUUAUUGCAAAGGAAACAAACAUGAGGCCAUCUUCCCUUUUUCACUGUUUAAGACAAGUGAAUUCUAUAGUGGUUGCCAUAAAAGGAAGUUCUAGGUAUUUACAGUAGAUGCCUCCUGUAACUAUGGCUUUCUUAAAACUAUAGUCCUAGCAGAGGACAUCAGAUAUCGUGUAGUCGUUAGCAAGAUCAUCAUAGGCAAACAUAUAUCUGUUUCAAGGCUAAAAGUGACCUUAACUGUAUUUAUUCUCAAAGGGAAAGGAAGUAUCAGAUGUUUAUUUGGUUAUAGAAUGCUUUUUUGGGGGGGGAGGGCUCCAUUUCCUGCUGUGUUGAGUAUUUUGCUUCAACAGUAUUGCCAGGUUCCUAAAAUUGUCUAAAACACGUGAUUUGGCUUCCUCGUCAAAUCGCCAGGCUUCCAUUUUUGCAGCAGCACUGUACCAUGCACCUGGUUUCUCUCUAGUAACAGUGCAAAUUCUGAUUAUUGAACUGUGCCCUGUUUUUAGUUUUCAAAGCAGUUUCUGAUUCUGGUGAUUGUGUGAUGUAAAGAGGUGCUAUGAUGGUCAUGCAAUUAAUACUUAAUAUCGAAUCAAUACACAGAACUUUAUUGGAUUCACUUUGUGUGUGUUAGUGCUCUAAAAGUAGCAAUAUUAUUAAAUUGCCCCCAGAUUAACCUUGUAGGAUUAAAAUACUCAUUUUUAAGACAAGUACUACUUCCCAUGCAGGGUACUGUCCUUAUGGUAAAUGUAAACAUGUAGACUGCAUUCAUGGUGACCUAAAGUAGAGAGGUCAUGAACUUUAUGGGCUUCCUUUUUGGUUCAGUAUUAGAGUGAG